UAAAAUCUCUCUAACUUUAUGCGUGCCUUGAGCAGUAACAAAAGGAGAGACAGAGAUAAUACAUCGGCAGCUUAAGAAAACACAAAAGAGAAGGGUGAAAAAUCAGGAGAGAAAAGAAAAGAGGCAAAGGGAGACGAGAGAGAGGGUAUUACUUCCAUUUAAUUUGGCUUUGGCUAUAUCUCUUUCUCUCUUUAUCAGUUUUCUCCUUCUCUUUGUUUGAGAGUUGAGAGACCUCUCUCUCUUCCCUUCCUCAAUCUUCAACAAGGCAUCUGUGUGGUCAGAGGAACAUGGGAAGCACUGGUGCUGAUAACGUUCCAAGAGUAACUGAAACUGAUGGUGCUGAGACCACAAUAGAAAUAAAAAUAAAAACAUUGGACUCUCAGACUUAUACUUUGAGAGUGGAUAAACAGAUGCCAGUUCCUGCUCUAAAAGAACAGAUUGCUUCUGUAACUGGUGUGUUAUCAGAGCAACAACGAUUAAUCUGUCGUGGAAAAGUUCUAAAAGAUGACCAACUACUUUCUGCAUACCAUGUCGAGGAUGGUCACACCUUGCACCUGGUGGUCAGGCAACCGGUUCCACCAUCAUCUGAUGGCUCACCUAAUCAUUCAGCAAAUGAUCCUGGAUCAGGUACAAGCCGUGGUCAUAGUAAUCAUGUCCCAAGUGUUGUGAUAGAAACUUUUAAUGUGCCUGAUCAAGGAGAUGGAGUUCCUCCUGAAAUCAGUCGGAUUGUCUCUGCCGUUCUUGGCUCUUUUGGAUUUGCAAAUAUGACAAGUGGCAAUAUUGGGGGUGAUGUCAGGGAACAUGGUUCACAAAGACUGGAAAGAACAUCUGGUGGUAUUGGCAUGCCAGAUUCAUCUCAGGCUCAAACUGAACAAGCUAGCAUGAGUCAAUCUGAUAGAGCACAUAGUGCUUUUGGACUUCCAGCAGCAGUUUCCUUGGGGUCUCUGCAGCCUCCUGUAAUUCCUGAUUCUUUGGCUACUUUGUCUCAGUAUCUGAGUCAUAUGAGGCAUGAAUUUGAUGGCAUGGGUAGAGCUGGGGGAAAUGAUCCUCAGACAGCUUCCAUGAGCAGGACUGGAGAUAGAGAUUCUAACCCUGCAUCAAAUUCAGGGACUAUACGGGAAGGUCUUCCAACACCUGCAUCUUUGGCAGCAGUGUUACACUCUACCAGGCAAAUGCUCAUUGAACAAGCUGGAGAAUAUCUACAACAACUUGCAAGGCAACUGGAGGAUCAAGGAAAUGUGACUGACCCCUCGGCACGGCUGAGUGCACAGUCGAAUGCAUGGAGAACUGGCAUUCUACUACAGAGCCUAGGCUCACUUUUGCUUGAGCUUGGUCGUACAACCAUGACACUACGCUUAGGUCAAACACCAUCUGAAGCCGUUGUUAAUGCUGGACCUGCAGUUUUCAUAUCCCCUUCUGGUCCAAACCCUCUCAUGGUUCAGGCUUUUCCAUUUCAACCAGGAACUAGCUUUGGUACCAUCCCUAUGGGAACUGUGCAGCCUGGAUCUGGUUUGGUUAAUGGACUUGGGACAGGGAUUCUUCCUAGGCGUAUUGAUAUACAAAUACGAAGAGGUUCAUCAAUGGCAACACCCAAUAUAAUUCAAGAGGAAUCUCCCCAUACCACACAACAAGGCCAAAGGAACCCAUCGAUGGGUUCUGGCAGUGAGAAUCGUAGCACUCAAACAACUUCAAGGGUCUCAGAUGCUCCAUCUUUUGCUGGAGAAUCAGGAGUGAGGGUAGUGCCUAUUAGAACAAUGGUUGCAGCUGUACCUGCCCCCUUGGGUCGCUUACCUUCAGAUUCUUCUGGUAAUUCUGUGGGAUUAUACUACCCAUUGCUUGGAAGGUUCCAGCACAUCGCUCCUGGACAUGUGAGUGGUGAACGGGGAUCUCAAGCAUCUGGUGAGCAUCUGUCCCCUGGUGCUCAAUCUGAGCAGCAUCCUAUUCCUGAAUCUGCAAUGCAAAAUCAAAGUUUGGAAGAGUCUGCAAGAGAUGGAAACUGUUUAUGUGCUUCCCAAAUUUCCUCACAAGGUUUAUUACCAAGUGCUAAUUCUAGACAACAGGAGCGAGCCAAUACACGCAGUGUCAAUAUCAGCAUUCUAGCAGCUGGCAGGACUCCAAACAACCAGGACUCUGAGAGACAAAUUCCUAGUAGUAUUCUUCAGUUUCUUAGGGGAAUUUUCCCUGGUGGUGAAAUCCAGGUAGAGGAAGCGAGUUUACAAGGAACAGCUACAGAUUCUGUCCAGGAGCAAGCGGGAACAUCCGGUGAUGCUCCAGCCUCUGAGCCAAGAAGUACCGAUCAAGGGGUAUUUUUAUCAAAUUUGCUUCAUCAGAUCAUGCCAUAUGUAUCUCAGCAUGCGGGUUCACAACAAAGUACUGUGCCUACAGAAGAAGCAAAUACUUCCACCCAGGCUGAGAACUCUAGUACUGGGAAUUCACGCAGAACAAGUGACUCUGAACCAAACCCACCAAACUCAAAACGUCAGAAGGCGCCUGGGAAGGAGAUUGAGCUGAAUAUGGAGGGAGAAAGUGUUGGGAAUUUAGAAAAACAGGCUUCAGAGGCAGCAGGGCUGCUUGAGAACGAGGAUUUUGAUUCUUUGGCUGCCAUUGGAUUCUUGGAGGCUGGAGGUUGCCCUUCUGCCCGUUCUUUCCGAAGUAGGUGGCAUAUACAUUUCUGUAUUGAUUACCCUUCUACAUAAGGCACACAGCUGUUGCGGGAGUGCUUUUGUCACAUAAAACUGCUGGGAUCCUUUCUACAAUAUUCGAUAUUGGAGGAGUCUUUGGUGGGGUGAUGGCAGGUUUCAUUUCAGAUAUCAUUGAAGAUCGAGCAGUUACUUCAGUUACUUUAUUAUUACUAUCAAUUCCAGCACUCAUUUUGUACCGGGUUUAUGGGAUUGUCUCUGUGGUUACAAUAUUGCAUUGAAGUUUCUCUCUGGGUUGCUAGUGAACGGCCCUUAUUCACUAAUCAUUACAGCUGUUGCUGCUGAUCUUGGUACCCAGAACUUGAUUAAAGGUAACUCUCGUGCAUUAGCUACAGUGACUGAAAUCAUAGAUGGUACUGGCUCUGUUGGGGCGGCUCUUGGGCCCCUUUUGGCUGGGUAUAUCCACUGGGGGUUGGAAUAGUGUAUUCCUUAUGCUUAUUGUUGCUACAUUCUUUGCUAGUUUGUUCUUGAUUCGUGUUGCAAAAACCGAGAUUGAAGCGAUGGUAAAGGAGGGGAAAGCGCUCUGGAGUAGUUGACCGCAAGUUGAUGCAGUUUUUCAGGGCAUUAACUGUUAUUGUCUUUUGUACCCAUAGAAGAUGACCUCAAUAGGAUACAACCUGUGAUGUAAAAGUUUUUUGUUCACUAUACCUAUGGCUUAUAUUGUAUCCCAUUCUUUUAAUAAACGGAAAUCUUAAAAUUCACUUAUAG